UUAAAAAGAACAAGCUACGUUGCUCCCUUCCACCAUUCAUCUGAAAGAAACAAAAAAAAUUAAAUAAAAUAAAAAAAGAAAAAACGCAGCGAUAUCCACGCUGCUCCAUCUCUCUCUCGCCAGAUAUCAAUCAAUCAUCGACUCGCUCCUCAGAUUUCAGAUCCAAAUCUACACACAAAAAGCUUCAACAUGUCUACCUUCAGCGGCGAUGAAACAGCUCCUUUCUUCGGCUUCCUCGGCGCCGCCGCCGCUCUCGUCUUCUCCUGUAUGGGAGCAGCUUAUGGAACGGCGAAGAGUGGUGUUGGUGUGGCUUCCAUGGGAGUGAUGAGGCCCGAGCUGGUGAUGAAGUCCAUCGUACCAGUUGUUAUGGCUGGUGUGUUGGGUAUCUACGGUUUGAUUAUUGCUGUUAUCAUCAGUACUGGUAUUAACCCCAAGGCUAAGUCUUACUACCUCUUCGAUGGUUACGCUCACCUCUCCUCCGGUCUUGCUUGUGGUCUUGCUGGUCUCUCCGCUGGUAUGGCCAUUGGGAUCGUCGGUGAUGCCGGUGUCAGGGCAAAUGCUCAGCAGCCUAAGCUCUUUGUUGGGAUGAUUCUUAUCCUUAUUUUCGCAGAAGCGCUCGCUCUUUACGGGCUUAUUGUUGGAAUCAUCCUCUCCUCUAGAGCUGGCCAGUCUAGAGCUGAAUGAGAAUGAUUUGCCAUCGUUCUGAGGAUGAGAGAAUGUACUUCCUUUUCGUUCUGUGUGCGUUUUUGUUCUUUCGUUCUUUUAGUAUUUAUCAUCGGGAACCAACAGAUUUACUGGAUUCUUGGGACUUUGUUUCGGAAGCAAACUCACCUAUUCGUCAUCCCCUUUUUCUCUUUCGGUGGUUUGCAUCCGGGUUGUAGGGGUUCUCUUAUUGUUCGGUUCUGUAAUAAAAAGCUUUGAGGAGCUUGGUAUGUUUCUAUAUUCUUGUGUUGUCCUGAGGAAGUUUAAAUACAUUUAUUUGUUUUGA